AUGACCACUUCCACAUCGACGACGUCUCCGUCUUCGGUCGACGCUUCCGGAGGCGCCGGAGUCACUGCUCCGGCCGCCGCUUCGUCUUCUUCGUCUUCUUCAUCGUCCUCGUCUUCAUCCUCUUCCGGCACCUCCAGAUCCGCUCUUCAGACGUCCGGACUCAUCGGACUUCAGGAUUACGAUCCGACGACGUCCGCAGCGUUGGCGUCGCACUUUGGCAGCUAUUACGAUCCGGCGAGCUCAUCACAAAUCGCUUCGUAUUUCGCGUCGAGUCAGGGAUUGGCCGGACCUCAGUAUACGGGCAUUGGAGAUCAGGUGAGCCGCUGAGAAUGUGCAAUGAGAUCCGCUCAUGAAAGUUUAAGUGUUAAAAAAAACGAGAGAGAGAGAGAGAGAGAAGGGGAUUUAGAGGAAAAGAGCAGACGCUUUUUGAACGAUUCCUAGUGAAAACUAUUGGUUUCUUCAAAUCUAUUGGCCAAAGUUUGUUAUUUUCUGAUCUGUCUUGGUCGCUUUUGACCGCCAACUCACCCGCUUCCUCUUCUAAGUCCCCUCAAGUACAGUACCCACAGCUUCUCUUUCUUCCUCAUCAUUUCCCUUUCCCAUUUCUCAUUUAUUUCCCAUUUUGGCCUCCUCCUCCUCCACAUUUCAAUCGAUGUUUUCACACCUGAACAAAAUGGGCGGAGCCAAUCGGAAGGCCAAUUUUUCAUUUUGUCUCCUCUCUUUUUGUCGGGCGGCACGCGGGAAGUCAGCGCCAAUUGAUGAGUUGUUGAGAAACGAAAUAUCAUUGAGAUUGAGAUGAAUGAGGAGGGAAACGGUGGGAACAAGUGGGAGACUGAUAUUGUGAAAUUGUUAGAAGUUAACAAAUGAGCAUAUAAUAGAAAAGGCACCCUUCCCCACUAGGGUCGCAACUUACAGCCGAACAGUCUAAACCAGUUUGUCCAGUUACACAGAUACACUAUUUUUGGCUAACUAACUUCUACUCGAUAUUGUAUAAAAGUAAGUAAGUGAUGGGAGGGAAAGAAAGAAAGAAAGCAAGAAAUAAAAGAAGCGUGCUGUGCGCACUGGCGCUCUGGGGAGAGGCAAGUGGCGGAGGGAAGGGAAGGAAGGAAGGAAGGAAGAGACAUACUUUCAAGAUUAAUUGUGCCGGCUGUUUGUCGCCGACUGAGAAUCAGACAAGACCACCGCAUUAUUAUUAGUGUCUUUUUCGUGAUUUCCUCCCUUUUCAGUCGCUUUGCUAUAAUCCGUCGUUGGCGCAAGACUGGAAGCAGCUGGAGGACGAUGAUAAGGAUGAUUCGAAGAAGAGCGGCGGCGACGGAGAGGACGACGAUCUGGAAAAGAGCUCGGGCGGUGCGGUCUACCCGUGGAUGACGCGUGUUCACUCGACAACAGGUUAGUUUUGGGGGGUAAUUGGCUCACGGAGCACAGGAAGGAAACUACAGUAAUCCCGGGGUGGCUGACAUGAAGCAUAAGGAAGGCGACGCGCCUCUAGUUGACGUGAAAGCGGUCGGGAGAAGAGAUGGCAUGUCGCGAGCCCAUUUAUCUUUCGUGUCAAGACCCCACCACACAUUGUUUUUGGUGGUGCGAGAGUGGAAAAGAAGAGAAGAGAAGAGAAGCUUCUAGGGCGAGAAGGGCGAGAAGGAAAGUGUGAAGGAGUCUCAGUCUACAGUACCCGCAAGAUAUGGUCUCCGACCGGCAGGCGGCUGCCUCUUUUAUGUCCCGCGCAUGUUUCGUUAUCCGACACUCAUCAUCACCGAAUCACACCCACCCACUCGAAUGUUUUUGAACCGUUUCGGGCGUGUAUGAGACAAGUGCAUUACACUAUCAUUAGGGGACGAAACUUGUCAAAGUAUUUGGACGGGCGGCUUCUUAGCGACAGUUGUGAGAUGUGCACCUUGCGCGCGCAGCUCGCGGCUUCUUUUCUUUUGCUCCCCCUCCCACCGACACUUUUGUGAUCGAUGAUGAUUGUGAGGAGCCCGGGCGAAGGGUUAACAAGUUGAAAACUUUCGGGGAGAGAGAGAGAAAGACCUGACCCACUCUCGAGUCGAGAAAAGAAGAGAGAGACGAAAUAAUUGCGAAUCCGUUCCUUUUUCUUCAUUGUCCCGAUUAAAGUCUCACGCGUGUCUCAAAAUGAGGGACAAGCUGUCGGCGACGAUCCAUGUGCACACAGGUGUCUUCAUCUCCCCCCUCCCCCCUCUUUCCGUUUUCAUUCCCCCUUUCCCAUGUCGACCAUAUGGCGCUGCGCCCUCUCCGCUUAGCACAACAUCCAUUAUGUGAACGUUGAAAUAAAUCCAAAUCGCACGCACAUCGUAAAUAUUAUACGGGAUUUGAGGAGGGCGGCGGAAUGGGUUUAAUGAGCUGUUUAGGGGGUCCCGGUGAUGUUGCCGCAGAAUCUUUGCCAAGUUGGACUGGCCACGCAGGGGAACCGCUAGCGAACGAUCUGCGCCUUUAAAAUUGAGGCGGAUACGGUACGGUAGAUCUCGAUUUCCCAAUUUUUUUCCAAAAAAGUAGAGUUCACACGCAUUUGUGCAAAGUAGUAAAUAGAAAAUUGUUCAUAACCGCCGAGAAAGGCGUUGCCACGAGCUGCUCAAUCAUAUCAGCGUCUCCAGAGAGCAAUAUAAUGAGCAUAAGGUGAGCGAGCGCGCAACGCAACACUAAAAGCUGUUUAUUUUGACACCCGUAAAUCGUUUGGGCUCCUUCUCCUCCGUCUCCCGAACUGUCAUCAGUCAGCUGGUUGCAUUUACACCCGCACCAAUCCCUUAACAGUUGCUCUUCUCGCACACAAUUGUAUAUUAUGAUGGGCGAUCUCCAAAAGAGAGGGGGGGGGGGGGGCAAAAGUGUGACAAGUGUGAAAAAGAUGACCCCACGGGCCAUCCUUCGCCCUCUUCGACCGGGCAUGUCCAUCCUCGAAAUUGUGAUUUAUGGCGGUGCGUGCCUCACUGAUUGUAUCUUUUGUAUUUAGAGGGCGCAGAUUUAGACGAGAAAUCAGGAAAAUGGGGGAAAUGAGAGUGUCUGUCGCCACUCCGCCGCGCCGCUUUUAUCAUAGCCCUCGAGCCCAUGGGCGCCGGAGGUUCGAAUCCUGCCGACUGCGCCGACACUUUUGUCAUCUCAGGCGGUGGUCGAGGUGAGAAGCGGCAAAGGACAGCGUACACGAGGAAUCAGGUGUUAGAAUUGGAGAAGGAGUUUCACACGCACAAGUACCUGACGAGGAAACGACGGAUCGAAGUGGCACACUCGUUGAUGCUCACCGAACGGCAGGUACUUUCCAUACUCGAGUUUCACUUCCAGUCUACAACUUUCCCGUCGUUUCAGGUCAAAAUCUGGUUCCAGAAUCGUCGGAUGAAGCACAAAAAGGAAAAUAAGGUGCGUUUUUGUUGUUCAUUCACAAAACUGCUCGAAUAUUUAUGGGUUCGUCGAGCACCUGUUUCUGGAGCCGCCGCAAUUUUGCAACAAUCACAAUUAAUCGUUGCGCGUUUCUGUCGACAAAGAGCCUUUCUCUGCGUCUCUCCGAACUGCGCGCUCUUUCGCUUAAAAGCUUUGGCACGCCGCGUACGUCGACCAUUAUACGGUGAUAAAUGGGCGCCCGGAACAUUUGUAUGCACGGAGAAAAGGGGCAAAGUGACUGGUAAUCGAAUAUGCUCACUAGUCAGGUGAGCACAUUGGGAUGGAGCCUAUCUGCCAAUACCGUUUGAUCAAAGCAUGGUAUCUCAGUUGUCUGCAGAGAUAUCAAAACGUUUUCAACUAAGAAAAUGUACAAAAUUUCUUAAUGAACAAUACAUUAGUUGACAAAAUUUUGAUAUCUCUACUGGCAGCUGAGAUAAUUUGCCUUGAAUGAACGGUACUCGAUAGCGUGCUCUUCUCUUACAGUAAACCAAACUUUUUCGUUGUUUUCUGACUGAAAUAUCCGAAAAUGAGUUCCAAUACCACCCAAACAUGCCCAAUUUGCAGGACAAGCCGAUGACGCCUCCGAUGAUGCCGUUCGGUGCGAAUCUUCCGUUCGGCGCCUUCCGUUUCCCCCUCUUCCAACAGUUCUGA